UUUGUACAUUAUUGCACAUUAGUAAAUUGUGUAUAUUAUUAUGUAUUUUAUUAGUUAAGACUGCACACUGCUAAGCGUGUUUUUGUAUGUUGCUACUGUAAUGAAAGAAUUUUCCACUCGGGAUCAAUAAAGUACUUAUUAUUAUUAAGUACAUCACCAAAGCAUAGAAGGCUGCAGGCCAAGUGCUGUAAAAUAGAAUUAAAUGAACAUGUUGGGCUGGAGGACACGGAAGGGCUUGGUUCUGUGGCUGUGGCAAAAACAGUCAUUAAAAGACAUCUGGACAGGAGCACGGAUGGGAAAGGUUUCAAGGGAGAUGCACGUGCUGGAACCCAGAGCAGCAAACAAUAUGCCAGAGAAACUAAGCAGGUCGAGCAGCAUCCAAACAGGGAAAGGAACUGUCAAAGUAGAGGGAUGUGGGCCAAAAGCAGUCAAGUGGGAUCAGUGUAGAUAGGGAUCUGGAGCUCAAAUAAACCAAGUCGCAGCUAAGUUUUGGCUGUAGACCCUUCAUCUGGCAGUCCAAAUGCAGCAUGUAGACCUGAAAUGAUGACUGUCCAUUUCGUUCAGUUGAUGCUAUCUGACCUGCUGAGUUCCUUCAGCACUUUGUCUUUUGUUUUGCUCCAAAUUCCAAUAUUUGCAGUCUCAUGCCUCUCCAGAUGGUCAGCAUAGAGAAACAGAAACAGAGGAGCGUGUUUAUGUGCUGUACAACUCCAUGAGCCACAGGUCAGUGUCUUCUGUUUCCUCCCACAGUCCAAAGAAUGUAAUUGGCCAUUGUAAACUGUCCCGUGAUUAGGAUUAAAUCGAGGGUUGUUGGACGGUGGUUGGUGGUUAAAAGUGUUGUAACUAUCCACAAACAAAUACUGUAGAUGCCUGAAACUGAAGUUCGCCACCUCGGCAAGAUUCCGACAUAGCAGGAAGUUACUGUUCCGGGUGUGCGGAGGAGAGAGACCGACACUGAGCACCGAUCGCAGCCUCCAAGCCCAGGCUGUAGGGAAGUAGAGUCAAAGGAUGUGGGCGCCGGAGCAGAGCGCCUUCCUGCACGUCCUGCUGCUCUUCGGCCUCUGCAUCGCCGUCACCUGCAGCGGCGCCAUGGACGGCGUGUGGACCGAGCUGGGGUACGAGCAUUACGCCGAGCGGCCCUUGGCCUGGCUGCCACGCUGUCUGGCCAUGCCGGCCAACUCGCUGGUCAACCUGGGCUACGUGGCGCUGGGGGCCCACUGGCUGCGGCGGGAGGCUGCGGGCGGUGACUGCUACCACAAGGACGCGUUCGCCUGGAUGGUGCUGGCCUACGGGCCGGUGCAGUGGGCCCGCAUCGCUUCGCAGUCCCAGCGCCCAGCCGUGCUCGACCAGUGGCUCACGCUGCCCAUCUUCGCCUGGGUGUCGGUGUGGGCGGCGUACCUGCUGCAGGGGCAGGAGGACGGGAAGAGCCGCCGCCUCUCCAGCGCGCUGGCAGUGGAGGCGGCGUCGAUCGCCAGCUACGGUCUGGCGCUGCUCCACCGCCGCGGCUUCGAGGUAGCCCUCGGCUGUCACAUCGCCACUGCCGUGCGGGCCGGGCUAGCGGCGCAGCGUCGCCUGGGCGACGCGGUUUCCCACCGGUACCUGCUGCUAGCUGUGGCUUCCUGCUUCGGCUUUGUGGUUCUGAAGCUACUGGACCUGCCGCUGGCGGACCUCGACCCGGGGCUCGGCCUCUUGUCUGGGCCGUUGUCUGGACAUUUCUGGUCCAAACUCUGCGAUCUGUUGCAGAUCCACUAUAGCCUCUGUUUCCUACAGCACCUGGCGGGACGGAAAAUUCUGAAGCUCAAGUAGCAGUGUGCUUUUUAAUUCCAAAAACACCGUUUUUCAUAAUAAUAUAAACAGAAAUAUAGAUGUAAUGGGUGCGUGUCUCUCUUUAUCUUCAUUGUACCAUUAAAUUAAUGCAUUCCAUUAACAGUAUUUCAGUGCUCCUGAAGUUGUAUCUUUAAACCCAUGAAAUCCUAUUGCAGGGAUUUGAACUGAAACCUUAGACAGUAUCCUCUACAGAUACUGCUGGGCUGGACCGGUUUUUAUUCAUCAAGUAUUUCCUACACUCGUGUUUCAUUAGGUACACAUGUAAACCUGCUCAUUAAUGCAAAUAUUUAAUCAGCCAAUCAAGUGGCAGCAACUCGGUGUAUAGAAGCAUGCAAAAAUGGUCAAGAGUUUCAUUUGUCAUUCAGAUCAAACAUCAGAAUGCGGAUGCAAUGUGGUUGAAGUGACUAUGACGAUGGAAUGAUUGUUGGUAUCAGACUGGGUAGUUUGAGUAUCUCAGAAUAUCUGCAAAUCUCCUGUGAUUUUUACACACAAAAAAAACCUCUAGAGUUUACAAGAAAUGGUGUGGAAACCCAAAAAACAUACAAUGAGCAGCAAUUCUGUGGGUAAAAACACCUUGUUAAUGAUCGAGGUCAGAGGAGAAUGGCCAGAAACGUUCAAGCUGACAGGAAGGUGAUAAUAAUUCAAAUAACCACACUUUGACAGGGGUGUGCAGAAGGGCAUAGUUGAACGUACAACACAUUGAAGUGGAUGUGCUGGAACAGCAGCAGACCACAGAUGUACACAGUGGUACAUCCAGUACCUCUUGUACCUAAUAUAUAUAUUGAGCUAGCAGUUAACUCACAGAAGAGAAGUGACUCAGUCAUUUUCUCUCCUCUGUACCCUACUGUCAUGCUGACAUAUUGACUGUCUUUAAGGGCUAGAGCCUUUAUCAGUUUGCUGCACAGCAAAUUUUCAGAAGCUGUAAUCCAUAUUAAUGUGCUUUAGCAGGAAGCUAUUGUAGACUGCCUGAGUGAUGCAUGCAACAUCUUUUCUGACCUAUUUCACGGUUUUGCAAGGUCCAAAAUCAACAUUACCACUAACUCAAACAAUGAUUUAGUGCAUCAAAAAGACAGGUAGAUCCCAGUGUCUAGGCUGUAACACCAUGGGGUGGGGCAGAUAUUGAAGAUUGUACACUUGAUUGUCAAAAAUUUUUGGUUAAUGAUCUAGUAGUGGUCAGUGAAAAAGAGGAAUACUAUACAGCUGAGUUAGCUUGAGCAAUAAUUGUGGUCCUAGCCAGUAUAGUCCACACACAUUGUCAAAUUUGCUGAUGGCCUUACAGUUGUGGGGCUCAUCAACAAUGAUGAGACAGCCUACAGAGAUGAGGUAGAAGAACUCAAGGCCUGGUGCCUGGCAAAUACCUUCGUCCUCAAUAUCAACAAGACCAAGGAGAUGGUCAUUGACUUCUGGACAUCUCACACUACUCACACCCCUCUUUACAUUGACGGCACAGCAGCGGGAACUGCAAGCAAAGAGAGGGCAUGAAGUGGAUCUAGCAGGCAAAUCCCAAGAGUUACUAUAGCCAUAUUAAAAGAGUGGCUAGGGAGAGAGUAUAUCUCUUUAGUUAUCAGCAGGGCAAAAUGAGAAAAAUCAUGAUUGCUCAAAAGAUAAGGGGAACAAGUGGAGAUGUUUCAGAGAACACUCAUAAUACCAGGGAGGAGAGAUUUGUAGUCUAAUAGCGCAUUAGAGUCAAUAAACCAAGGUAAUCUCAGAUUUUGCAGGGACUGGAGAAGAACUUGUGAUGCCCAUGUGGAUAUAUUUGCUCUUACCAAACCUAUGGCCGGAACAGGGUAACUGCCCCCACUACUGAAAACCUGUGCUAAUCAGCUAGCUGGAGUAUUCACUGAUAUCUUUAACCUCUCUCUUCUGCAGACUGUAGUACCCACUGCUUCAAUUGCGCCAGUGUCCAAGAAGAAUGUGGUAACCUGCCUCAAACCUGAAUGUUUGUAUCAUUCAGUAGCACUUACACCCACAGUGGUGAAGUGCUUUGAGAAAUUGGUGAUGGAGCAUAUCAUCUCCUGCUGGAAGAGUGACUUGGUACUCCCACUCGAUGUUAACAAAACCAGAGAGCUGAUUAUUGACUACAGGAGGAGGAAUCCAAUGUCCUCAUCAGGGGAUCAGAGGUGGACAGGGUCAACUAUUUUAAAUUCCUCAACCUUAUCCUUUCAGAGGAUCUGAUCUGGGUCCAGUACGUAAGUGACAUUACAAAGACACAGCAACAUCUCCAUUUUCUUAGAAGUUUGCUAAGAUUUGGCGCGUCAUCUAAAACAUUGACUAAUUGCCUCAUGGCGUGGUAUGGAAACACUAAUGCCAUUGAAUGGAAAAACCUACAGUAAGUGGUGGAUACAGCCCAGUCCAUCACAGGUAAAGCUCUCCCAUCCAUUGAGCACAUCUGCAAGGAGCGCUGUUGCAGGAAAGUAGCAUCCGUGAGCCGGCUAUGCUCUCUUCUUGCUGGCUACCAUUGGGAAAGAGGUGCAGGAGCCUCAUGUCCUGCACUGCCAGGCUCAGGAACAGUUAUUUCUCCUUAACCAUCGGGCUCUUGAACCAGAGUGGAUAACUUCACUCAACCCAACAGAGAACUGAUUCCACAAUGUAUAAACUCACUUUCAAGGACUUGACAACUCAUGUUCUGUAUACUUAUUGAUUAUUUAUUUACUAUUAUAUUUUUGUUCUCUUUCUAUUUUCAGUUUGUCUUUUGUACAUUGGUUGUUUGUCUUUGCUGUGUGCGAUUUUUCAUUGGUUCUAUUAUGUUUUAUUGUACUGUGAAUGCCUGCAAGAAAAUGAACCUCAGGGUAAUAUAUUGUGACAGAUAUAUACUUCGAUAAUGAAUUUGAACUUUAUUUUGUUGUUAGCCAGUGGUGAAGUUCCCAGAGGUUGGUAGGUGUCUAAUGUUGUUAUGUUGUUUAGAUAGGCUAGCAAGAACACACCAGAGAGCCAUAUUUAUUUAUUUAUUGAGAUACAGCACAGAAUAGGCCCUUUGAGUCAGAGUUAAUCCGAACCUAAUCAUGGGACAAUUUACAAAGAUCAAUUAACCUACCAACAGGUACGUCUUUGGACUGUGGGAGGAAAGCAGAACACCUAGAGGAAACCCACACUGUCACGGAGAGAACGUACAAACUCAUUACAGGCAGCAGCAGGAUUUUUACCCUGUUCAAUUUAGUGCCAUUAAAAAUUGUACUUGACAUUAUAUCUAAUGAGGUGAGUCAAAGCAACUGAUAGCAUUAAGAAUACACUGGAAUGCUGCAAAGAAGACUGAAUAUCCUUUUUAAUGUUUGUAUCAUUGGAAGAGCUUUCACAUGAACAACAAUGGAAGAAAACAAUACUGCCUUUUCACUUGGAUAGGUACAUGUGGGGCCGGACACAGGACUUUGGGAUGAAAUAGGUGGGCUCUGUGGUUGCAGUGGACUUUUUGGGCUGUAGGACCUGUGUUUCUUUAUGAUUCUAAACAAUCCAUUUAGGAUUUAAGAUGUACUGCCCAAUGUUCAAUAGGACAUUGGUUAAAACUUGUACAAUCUUGAAAGGUCACUAUCCGAACUCAACUUUUCAGAAAAAAGUGGCAUUUAGGUGUUUUCCCACUAUGUAUGUCAAGAAUCUCAGAAGCAUCACACCAUUUAACAUGUUGCUUCACAGCUCCAAGAAACUGGAUUUGAACCUGGCCUGUCACCAUCUGCAUGAAAUGUACAUAUUCUUCCUCUGGCUAGGUGUAUUCCACUUAUCACCAGCAUGCCCCCAAGUUCCAUCCCACCUCUGAAGUGAUGCAGAUUAAUCAGCAACUGUAAAUGAUGCAAAGGGGAGUUGAGGGGCACCAGAAAUGGAGAGUACGGGAAAAUAAAAAGAAUGGGUCUGACAGGUUUGACCUAUCAGAAGUCACCACAGAACAAGUGAGCUGAAUAUUCUCCCGUGUCAAAACAAAUAACUAUAAUGUCGUGAAGCAACACCAUCAAUCCUUAUAUAUGCAAUGCCCAUUAAAAAUGUGACCAAUAUUAUAGUGACAACCAAGAAAUGUAUUACAAUUGUAGUAUGUUUUGCGACAAGGAAGCACAGAAUGUAAGAAUUUUAAAACAUGAAGUACUCCCAUUAUCAACAUGUAUGUAGAAUCUCUUUUCACAUCAAAAUGUUUUAGCAAUUUAGGAAGACACUCAUUAGAUAGGCUUACUGAACGCUGGCAGAUUGUUUUUAAGAGUUCCAAUUACAAUCUUCUUUUAAUUGUUUCUCCUGCAAUAAAGAUGCCUUUUUGAUUCCUUAGAAGUGGGGUACAAAUUUCCAAUUUUCAUUCUUUGUAACAUUCGCCACUAACAGUUCCACAGCCAAAAUACCUGCUCUCCACACCUUCCCUCCCCUCAACAAGGAAAAGCUUUUAAUAAAAAAAAUGCCUACUGACAAUUGAAUUAUCCAAUCAAAACAGGUGCAUGUUUUAAUUACAUAUAAUUCCAUAUGAAAACAAUACAAGAAAAUCCAAUUUUCACAUUAAAAUAAUUCUGGCAACAUUGGUGAACAGAAGUCAUCAUUGGCACAAUUCUGGUUACCUCAUAUAUUUAAAUUUAUUCAUUCAAUGUUAUCAUUGCCUUUGUAUGCACCAUUACUUUGUCUUACUCACAAGCACCAAGCGACUAAAACAAAGAACUCUGACAGUCAGCCACUCCACUAAUACUGCCUAUUGAUUAAUGCACUCUAGAAAAUGAAUACACGUUCAAAGGCUGCAAUAACUAUAGUUGAGAACUUCAAUUGAACAAAAAGGUUUGAUCUGCUGUUAGUUUCAAUUCACUUGAGAGGAAAGAAUUGCUACACUAGGUAAUUGAUUUCCAUGUUUAUAGGUGCCCAGAAGCAAAAUGGAAACAUACAAAGGAGCUUGACAGUGUAUUGGCUCAAGAAAGGAGAGUAAACAGAAAUAAUCAUAGUGUGGGUAUCUGCUAACUGACCAGCUAUCUAGGCUGAAAACAACAUUACCUAGAUGUAUAUAUGGCCAAAACAAGAUUCCAGUGAAGAGUAUUUGUCCCCAAAAUGGACGGGGGGGGGGGGGGAAGAGUGAGAGUGAGAGUGAGAGUGAGAGUGAGAGUGAGAGUGAGAGAGAGAGAGAGAGAGAGAGAGAGAGAGAGAGAGAGAGAGAGAGAGAGAGAGAGAGAGAGAGAGAGAGAGAGAAAAAGAGAAAAA